AUGAGGGAGCCGCGGUCCAUCUUCACAGGUAUUGACACGGCGACGCCUCACCAUCACGACACCACGCCCGAGCAGCGCAGGCUGAAGUUUGCCCUGUAUCACGAGCCUCCAAUUACGUCACCCACAACCCCGGACCCGCCCAGCGCCCUCGACGAAACAUCCAAUUUGGCCAUACUGCAGCCUCCAUGGACGCCCAAGUCGCCGCUUGACCGUCGCCAUUGCACUCCGCCGCCGGCUUCUGCGCACGGCGCUCGCCAGGUCAUUGGCAUAAAGCGCCCUGCUCCUCCCUCCACCGACGACGCCCUCGCGCCUACAUCGCCACACCUACGAGCACCCGCCAGCGAGCCCCUGCACAAGCGCCGAAAAGCGCACCCACGCUCGCGACACUCGCUCGACCACUUCGGCUUCUCCAAGAGCGCCCAGUUCCGUCUCGACGGCCAGCCACCCUCGCCGCUGUUCUUCUCCUCGUCGCGCAGUAUCCGACCGCAGCUGCCCGCACGCUUCUCCACCUCCGAGGCCUACAGGAUGCUGAGCAAAACACGCGAGGACAGUGGCAUCAAGACCGUCACACUCGCACGGGGCACCUUCAGCGGCCUCAGUCCCCCAGGCCCCUCGGGCGCUGCCAGCGGGCGCACGUCAGAGCGCUCAAGCCUGCCCCCCGCAGCAUCGCCUGAUUCGCGCGACAAGCAUGAUCCGUUGCGCGUACUGGGAUCCAUCGGCAUAGUCGAGCUGCUCGAGCAGGAUGAGCGGCCAACCUUCAUCGUCGACACGGGCGACUUUGCAAACUACGUUCCCGAAUCGUCCAGCUUGCAGAUACUCUUCUCCAACAGUGCCCUCCGACUAGACUCCUCCACCUGGGAGCUGGUAGCUGGCAAGCCUGCGGGCGCUCCCUCCGACCAUGACACGGCGCACGCAACACAACAAUUUCGAGCAUGGUUGUUGAGCACUGCAGUCCAGGGAGAUGGUUCCGGGGCGAAUCCUUCCCCGGUAGAACACGGUGGCAUCGUAUGGACUUGUUACACCUUGCGGAAACGAUUGCGCGUCGUUUCUGGUACAGUGUCCGUCCCUGCCAUAGUUUUGCCCGCUGUAGACGGCCCCAACGAUUUCGCUAUACCUUCAACCUCGUCCGCAGGCCUUGAGUCUGGAGCCAACGGGGAUGCCUCCGUAUCCUCAACCCAUCAAGGCGAACCGCAAGAUUAUUUCGGGAGCACCAUUCCUACGAUCCCCCAGGGUGAACCGACGCCUCCCAUCUCCGCGCCCCAGCCUGAACCAAACUACAAGAAGUUCGCCGACAGAGGCAAUAGCAUGAUUCCUAGGCUAUCUCAGAUCGACCUAUCCGCAGCGGAAGAUUCCUCUUCCUUUGGGAACGAGGCGAGUCCCCAUCCUGCAGCCAUGUACUGGGGAGAAGAGCUUGUGGCUAUCUACAACGAAGCCUAUAUUGGGCUUGCAGGGCAGAAGCAUCCUGCGCUCAUGGGCCAGAGCUACAGAGUAGCUUGGGCAGAAAUCUGGGAUGAGGUCAAGGGAGUAUUCGCAAACGCCCGUCUCACAGGGCAAGCAACUAUGAAGGACGACGACUGCUUGUUUAUGAAACGCAGCGGCUUCCUUGAGGAAACGUACUUCUCGUGGUCCAUCAUCCCAAUGGUCGGCGAAGACGGCACGGUCAUGGGUCUUUACAACCCAGCUUUCGAAAAGACACGGCGGAAGAUUGCGGAAAGGCGAAUGCUCACUCUCCGCGAAGUCGGCGAACGGACUGCCACCGCUCGGGAAGUGAAGGGUUUCUGGGAUCAAGUGCUAAUAGCACUCACCGAGAACGAGUUCGAUACCCCGGUAGUAAUGCUCUACAGCGUAAACGAUGAGAAUGAUAGUGACUCGUCUUCCUUGCAAUCUAGCAGCUUGCUUGGCUCGAAACAGUGUUUUCUCGAGGGCUCGCUUGGUGUGCCAGCCGGCCAUCAAGCUGCCCCUGACCACAUUGAUUUGAAAGAAGGGCAAGAAGGAUUCGGGCCGGUUUUCCGAGAAGUAAUGAAGACCGACAAGCCCGUGGUUGUUAGCAUCGGAUCAGCCGACCUGCCACAUUCCAUGAUGGACGGACUCGAAUGGCGAGGUUUUGGAGAUCCCUGCCGCGACGUGGUCAUCUGCCCGAUCCAUCCUACGACUGGUGAAAACAUACUUGGCUUCUUAGUCAUGGGCAUAAAUCCGCGAAGGCCUUACGAUGACGAUUACAACCUCUUCAUCCAGCUAUUGAGUCGCCAACUCGCGACCUCUCUCGCUUCCGUCGUUUUGUUCGAGGAAGAAAUCCGAAGGGGGCAGAGGGCAGCCCGGCUCGCAGCGGAAGACCGUUACAACCUCUCUACACAGCUCGCUGCACGUACACAAGAAGCCAGGGAAAGCGAGACGAGAUUUACGCGGAUGGCUGAAUUGUCUCCUGCGGGUCUCUUCAUUGCUGACCACGUCGGGCGCAUAACCUACUGCAACGAUACGUGGUAUGAGAUUGCGCGAGUGCCAAGAGAGCCGGAGAUGACCGACAGAUGGAUUGACUAUGUCAAAGACGAGGAUCAAGACCUCAUUCUUGCGCACUGGAAGGAACUAGUAAACAACACCACUCCUAUCAACAUAGAGUUCCGAUUCAAAGCGCCUUGGGAGGACCGCAACCGGAACAAGAGCGAAACGUGGGUCUUGUUCCAGGCGUACCCCGAGAAAGAUGAGGAUGGGCAGCUCAAGAGUGUUUUCGGAAGCAUCACGAAUAUCUCUCCACAGAAGUGGGCCGAGGGUUUCCAAAAGCGGAAAAUGGAGGAAGCUGUUGAGCUCAAACGACAGCAGGAGAACUUUAUCGACAUUACGUCGCAUGAGAUGAGAAAUCCACUCUCUGCCAUCCUGCAAUGUGCCGACGAGAUCAGCACCAUCCUGGGCGAUUUCAGAGCGUCAGGCUCCAAUGUCAUCGACGAGACUGUUUUGGCCGAUUCUAUAGAUGCGGCGCAGACGAUUGCUUUGUGUGCGCAGCAUCAGAAGCGCAUUGUCGACGAUGUCUUGACUUUGUCAAAGCUCGACAGCGCAAUGCUAAUGGUAACACCGGUCGAUGCUCAACCUCUACAAGUGGUACAGCGCGCCCUGAAAAUGUUCGAAGGAGAAGUUCAAACGGCUGGCAUCCAGAUGGAGUUUGUCCUUACCGACUCGUUCACCAAAUUGGGUGUCGACUGGGUGAAGAUUGACCCGUCUCGGGUGCUCCAAGUUCUCAUCAAUCUCACCACCAACGCGAUCAAGUUCACUACCACCGAGGAGACCCGGACCAUCAAAGUCGUAUUAUCAGCAUCGAGAGAGCGACCGUCAGCCAGCGAUCAUCCCACCGUUAGCUACUUCCCCAUGCGAGCAAAGAGGACCGAUCAAACUUGCGGUCCGGACUGGGGCGAUGGUGAAGAGAUCUAUCUGGAGUUUGCAGUGCGAGACACAGGCCGAGGUCUUACGCCGGAAGAAAAGAAGCUCCUCUUCCAACGAUUUUCCCAAGCAAGCCCUCGAACGCAUGUCCAAUACGGCGGCUCAGGCCUUGGUCUGUUCAUCUCACGCGAACUGACUGAACUCCAGGGUGGCGAGAUUGGCGUUUCUUCUGAAGCAGGCAAAGGCAGUACCUUUGCUUUUUACGUCAAGUGUCGGAGAAGCAGCGAGCCACAGGAAGCUCUCGAAGUCCUUCCAACGCCUUCAAUGUCUAGGAAAGUUUCGAAUGCGAAGGACAAGGGCAAGAGGGAAUUGCCUGUGCCGUCCAAGAUUGCGACUAAGAUAAAAGACUUUGCGACCAUACCUGUCAAAGAUGGCGUUGCGUCAAAGCCGACGCCAAAGAAGAGAGAACUCAAAGUUUUGAUCGUAGAGGAUAACCUUGUAAACCAAAAAGUACUUCAGCGGCAGCUCCAUAAUCAUGGCAUCCAAACGACCGUCGCGAACCACGGCGGCGAAGCACUUGAAGCGCUCAAAGCGUCCACCUUCUGGGCCUCGCCCCAGCAGUCCCCUCUAGAAGACAUAUCGGUGGUGCUCAUGGACAAAGAAAUGCCAGUCAUGGACGGUCUACAAUGCACCUCUCAAAUCCGCUCUCUCGAACAGCAAGGCAAACUCAAGCGACACGUCCCCAUCAUCGCCGUCACGGCCAACGCACGCAGCGAACAAAUCGCAACGUUGCUCGCAGCCGGCAUGGACGACGUCGUCAGCAAGCCGUUUAGAAUCGGCGAGCUAAUCCCCAAAAUCGAAGAGCUGGCAAGCAAAUUCGGAAACAAGAAGAUACCAGACGAAGCUACGCUCGCUGUGCCCGUCGGGCCGAGCGUGAAACCAUAUGGCGUAUGA